AUGGCUGGCUGGCUGAUGAUCGCCGGGAGUUUGUCCCUCAACUAUGUCCUGUUCUCUGGCGGCGUCAUCGUCCUGCUCGCCUACUACCUGUUCCCAAGGUCGACUCCUCAACCUAUUCCCGCUCGACGGCCCAUCGUGAUCGAGGAGGACGAAGAAAAAAAAUACACACGCCGGCCCGGAGGUGUUGGACCUUCGGGUCCUCGGACGCUGCGACCCGGAAGACGGCAGGGAGACGGUGUACAUCGCCGCUGCCUGCGGUUCCACAACAUCGAGGAGACGCUCAAGACGGCGCUGAUCAUCGACGGCGUCGCGGAGGAUGGGAUCGACACCUCGGGCUCCCACGUCUUCUGCCAAUUCGAGGCGGGAACGGCAUCUGUCCGUACGACGUGCCCGGUGAAGAAGGGGACACGGCUGAUCGGGGUGCUGAGCUUCAAGCUGCCCGCAGAGGCCGCCGGACUUCUGGUGAAACUGGCGAAGGAGAUGGCCGACGACCCGGAGGGGUUCAUGGGCAAGAUGGCCAUUGAGAGCAUCGCCGACGUGCCCAUCGACAAAUACGAGACGCGCUACAUCCAGUUCCACCGCCUCGGCUACUACAUCUGCGUCAAGGGCCCGGACGUGCCGCUCCCCACCCGCCGCGCUCGACUCGACAGGGUGGCCGAAGUCUGGAAACGAGCCUGUCGCGAGCAGGACAUUGCGCUUUUCCGCGUGGUUGUCUUCCACAUCGACGCGUACCACGCCACGUGGUUCACCAGCGAUUUCCUGCUCGAGAUGCCGGACGACAUGGUGGUGCUCGGGCACAUUGCGCUCGAGACGUACAAAAUGGUGGCGCCCACAAUGGAUGCCCUCGUCAACGAGACGCUGAAGCCGGGGGUCGUGCCCGACGGGGCGGGCGGAUGGUGGGCCGAGAAGAUGAUGGUGACACCCAUUCGACUUCCCGAAGUGGAAGUACGACCCGGCGGCGAGGAAGGCCUUUUGGGACGUGGAACUGAUACCGCGGCCGGGUGGCUGGUGAAUUUGAGGUCUCGUUCC